AUGCAGGGGGAGAGCAGUAGCAGUCCUAGUAUGAUCAAGACGACCCUGUACCAGCUGAACCCCGUCCGCCUGAUAGAGGAGAUCAAGAAGCGGCCAGGUCUAUACCGCACGGACCAGCCCGUAGACAGGGAGGAGAAGCUGCAUCUGUGGAAGGAGGUCGGGGCUGCCAUCUACGAAGACUGGUACUCCUUCAACAAGGCCACGGCCUACGACAAAGUUCUCCAGUUGCAGCGCAAGUGGCGCUCCCUCCGCGACGCUUAUAACCGGGAGCUUCGAGCCCGGAGAGCAGCCCCUCGCGGGAACAGGCGCGUCUAUAUAUACUUCAAACCAAUGAGCUUCCUGGGAGGCUUCGACGGAGACGUUAGCGACGACGAGGAUCACGAUAGAAACCGUGUUAUAUUCAGAGACGUUCAGGAUCCGUUGUACGGGGGAGCGACCAAGAAAAGGAAGAGGAGGAAGAGAAGACAGUCCAGCUCGGACGGCGAGCACGAGCCCAAGGAACAGGAGGUGAAGGUGUUCCCGGGGGAGAGGGCCGACGGAGAGGACAGCGACAAGCUGUUCCUGCUGUCCUUCCUGUCCGAGAUGAAGCAGCUGCCGGCUCACAUCAAGAUGUGGGCGAGGGCGCAGAUCGCCAGCGUGAUGCAGAAGGCCGUCAGCGACCACUACGAGAACAACCUGCCCAGAGAGAGGCUGCAGUCCACCAGCCCCAGGAGAGACAGCUCCGACUCACUCCAACAAUGA